GUCAAAAAUUUCAUCUUAAGUUUGUGUUAUUAUAAAGUAUGGAAUUUUCUUCCUUAGAAGAUUUAAACGCACACAUUGAAGAAUAUCAAAGUCAGAAUUUCGUCCAAUUAUGGAAGAGAGACUCUCGCACCAUUGAAAGCAUGAAAAAAAUUUGUCCAAAUAGACUAAACAAUUGCAAAACUGAACUAAAAUAUUAUAGCGUUACCUUUGCUUGUAUAAGAGGUGGGAGGCAAUUUAAGACAAAAGGAUGCGGUCUAAGAAAUAAAGCAACAUUUAAAGAUGACUGUCCCAUGGAAAUUAAAGUAAAAUUAACACCAGACGGUGAACAUUUAAAAAUUACAUCACUCAAUGAAAAUCAUAAUCACACCAACGAUAAAGAAGAAUUUUCCUUAUUACCCCGACAGAGAAAAAGGAACUCUGAAGAACAAAAUGCUGAGUCAAUUUUGCCCUCUUUAAGUAAUAAGAAGAGAAAUUGGAAUUCUGAGGAUAAAAAUGAGGAAGUAAAAUUAUUAAAGAAUUUAAAAACAAAAAAAUAUAAUUUUGAAAAUCUAUGUCGAACAUGUUCUUGUGAAGGGGAUCUACAAUCCCUUUUCGUUGAAGAUCAAAUCCGCAUUGCUGAUAUGUUAACCGAAAUAACCGAUUUAAAAAUUAUGGAAGGAGAUCAAUUUCCACAGAGUAUUUGUACGUUUUGUUUGGAUAAAUUAAAAAAUGCCUACGAUUUUAUCAAGCAAUGCUACAAAGUUCGUGCAGAAUUCGAAGAACAUUUAAGUAAUUCUCUUGAUGAUUCGUUUUCUUCUACCGUUGAUGCAUCGACAGGAAAAGGUAUUAUUAACGAUAAUGAAAUUAAACAAGAAUUUGUUUUACAUGUAGACAGUGAACUAGACUGGAAUGAUGGUACGAAAAAUGAAGCUAGUGAAUCCGAAAAUGAAAAAAAACCGAAGAAAAAAAUGUAUAAACGAACUCUGCAUGAAUGCCCAGUAUGUUCGAAAAAAACACAACAUUUAAAAGAACAUAUGCGUUCCCAUACCAAAGAAAAGCCGUUCAAAUGUGAACUAUGUGAUAUGGAAUUUUCUUCACGUAGUAAUCGCUCACGACAUAUUAAAAUUCACUUAAACGAUAGACCUCAUGUAUGUGAAAUCUGUAAUCGUGCGUUUACAAUUCGUCAUAAAUUAAAAACUCAUAUGAAAACACAUUCUACGGAAACGCCAUUUAAAUGCGAAUUGUGUGAAAAAUCAUUCAAACAUUUAUCUCAACUGAAAUUACAUACGACAAUUACACAUCAAGACAGCGAACAAUGUUCGGAAAUUCUUGCCAGCAUUGAUACGCAGCGAAAUUUUCUUUGUGAUCUUUGUGGAAAAAGUUAUUUAAGAAAACAUGUAUUUGAAGGCCAUUUACGUGCUCAUUCUGGCGAAAAACCUUUUUCUUGUCCAGUAUGUGGAAAAAUGUUUUCCACAUCUUCGCUGUUAUGUUUACACCGGAAAACUCACGACGAAGAAAAACCAUUUAAAUGCUCUUACUGUGAUAAACAUUUUCGCAUGAAAAAAUUAUGUAGGCGUCAUGAAUUAAUUCACACUGGAGAAAAACCCCUAAAAUGUGAUUUGUGUGGGAAAUGUUUCCGACAAUCGGGACAUUUGUAUCGGCAUAAAAGGUCACAUACGGGAGAAAAACCUUUUGCUUGUACAAUUUGUGAUAAACAUUUUAUAGUUAGAGAUCGUUUGAAUGCUCAUAUUCGAGUACAACAUACGGGAGAAACACCAUAUGCGUGCUCGAUUUGUCAUAAGAAAUUUAAAGACUUAAAAAUCAUGAGACGGCAUGAGAAGAAGGUUCAUGCAGCUGUCAAAUGAUUUUACCAAGUAAAUGUUGUUUAUUAACUUUUUUAUAAACAUAGUUUAGGUAUCGGAAACAAAAAAACUUUCUUUAUGAAUUUUCUUUUUGUAUGUGAUUAGAC